AUGAAUCGUAUUAUCCGACUCGCACGACGAAGUUACCAUGCCUCCGUUCUGCCCUCCCGUAUAUCACCUGCAUCUCCCGAGUUUCUCGCCAAAGCACAGGCAAUGGACGACCUCGUCGCCGAUCUCGACGCCAAGCUCGCAAGUGCCCGGCUCGGAGGAGGCGACAAGGCUGCACAGCGGAUGACGAGCAAAGGAAAGCGCGUUCCCAGGGACAGGCUGAACUUCCUCCUCGACCCACACACGCCCUUUCUCGAGCUCUCGCCACUCGCUGCACACGACGUCUACCCAGGCGAUUACGUCCCGGGAGCAGGCAUUAUCACUGGUAUAGGCAGAAUAAAGGGAAGAGAAUGCAUGGUCGUCAUCAACGAUCCGACCGUCAAAGGCGGCGCGUACUACCCGCUUACCGUAAAGAAGCAUCUCCGUGCCCAAGAGAUCGCCAGGGAGAACGGCCUGCCGUGUAUUUACCUCGUCCCAGUCGAGUCGGGCGGCGCAGCACUCCCACACCAAGCCAAUGUCUUUCCGGAUAAAGACCAUUUCGGGAGGAUCUUCUACAACAUGGCCCAAAUGUCCGCCCUCGGUAUCCCCCAAAUCGCCUCUGUUCACGGUAUAAGCGUCGCGGGGGGCGCCUACGUCCCAGCAAUGGCCGACGAGAACGUCAUCGUCCAGAACCAAGGGCGCAUCUUCCUCGCUGGUCCCCCGCUCGUGAGGGCUGCGACCGGCGAACAAGUCGGCGAGGAGGACUUGGGCGGCGGCCGCAUGCAUUCUACAGAGAGCGGCGUGACGGAUCAUUUGGCGAGGGAUGACGAGCAUGCAAUCGACAUUGUUCGUGGUGUCGUUGGGGAUCUGGGCCAAGGCAACGAGAGGAUCCCGGAUGCCGUCCCGGAGGAUCCGCUGUAUCCCACCACCGAGCUUCAUGGUAUCGUGGGUAGCGACAUCCGCCAGGCUUUUGAUAUGCGCGAUGUCAUUGCACGCUUGGUUGAUGGCAGUCGCUUGAGGGAGUUUAAGAAAGAGUAUGGGCCGACUAUCAUUACUGGUUUUGCGCAUAUACACGGCUACCAAGUAGGCAUCAUCGCCAACAACGGCAUCCUCUUCUCCCCCUCUGCGUUGAAAGCAACACAUUUCAUACAGAUCUGCGAACAGAGAGGGGUGCCGUUGGUGUUUUUGGUCAAUGUCACAGGUUACAUGGUAGGUUCCAAAGCGGAGCGAGGGGGGAUAGCCAAAGAUGGUGCAAAGAUGGUCAGAGCCGUUGCCUGUGCUACUGUCCCCAAGUUUACUGUCAUCGUCGGCGGGAGCUUUGGAGCGGGCAAUUACGGCAUGGCCGGUCGAGCGUACUCCCCGAGGUUCCUGUGGAUGUGGCCUAACGCCAAAGUAUCCGUGAUGGGCUCCGCGCAGCUAUCACAGGUCAUGACAUCCGUGUCCAAGGACCCGACACAGCACGCAACACUCAAGACUGAGAUCGAGGAGCAGAGCACGGCGUUGUAUUCGACGGCGAGGCUGUGGGACGAUGGGAUUGUGGCUCCUAGGGAUACGAGAGACGUUUUAGGCUUGGCGUUGGGUGUUGCGGGUGGGAGGUGCAGGGAUUUGGGUGGGUUUGGAGUGUUCAGGAUGUAG